AUGGUGGGCACUGCGAAAGCACAUGGCUCCAGAAGUAUACAUCCAAUGGAUAAAAAUGAUUUAUCACAGAGCCACGAGCCAAGUGCAUACCGCGGCGGGACAGUCAACACCAUUCCGCAUAAAGAACGGCAGCAUCAGGGAUCGGUGCUCUCUCCUCUACUCAUCAUCACAGUAAUGGAUGCAGUGACGGAAGGCAUCAAGCGACAGCCUCCAUGGCCUCUCCUGUAUGCAGACGAUAUGGUGUUGAUGGCAGAAAACAAAGAACUUGAAGAAGAAGCACAGAGCUGGAAGGACCAGUUAGGGUCGUACGGCUUGAAGCUUAACACAAAGAAGACAGAAUUCAUGAAAGUGGGAGGUCAAACUUCAGGAACCAUAUACAUCGGAAGCCAAUCAAGAAAACGCGUACCUUCAAGUACCUAGGA